GUGAGGGGCUUGUCUCAGGGAAACAGCCAGUAUGGCGUCACCGCGGGAUGUUCGAAUGUUUAAACGGGACGCUAGGACAAGGCCCACACUACCGCCAUGUUCAUCCCUCGCCAUGGAGAUAAAGAGAAAGAAGACAAGAGACGGUGUCUGUGUUGUACAAAACGAGAACUGUAAUCUCCAGGAGAAGAUGGACCUUGAGAUGCGAAUGAGAGCAGGGGCAUAUAAGCUUCUGGUGGCCAGUACCAAGAGAGAACAGAUCCUAGAUGCAGCCAAGAGCCUGUUAACCUGUAACUCACGAAUCAAAGCCUAUAUGAGCGAGGCACAGAGGAAGAAGGAGCAGGAGGAUGUGUCUGAAAAUCUUAGGUCUGACAUAGUAAUGUCAGACACUCAGGAUGGAGUUCCUUGCAAGGGCAAAGUAGCCAUAACCGGUCUGCGGAUUCCACUAUUGUGGAAGGAUUCUGAACACUUUAACACCAAAGGAAACUCUCACCAGGUUGCAGUCUUCUGCCUAAUGAAGAUUGGCUCUGAGAUAUUUGACACAGAAAUGGUGAUUGUAGACAGAACAAUGACUGAUAUCUGCUUUGAGGGUGUAACCAUCUUUUCGGAGGCUAAGCCGGACUUUGAGCUUGCUGUUGAGCUGUACAGCUGUGCAGUGGAUGAAGAGGGAACUUUGGUCAACACACCAAAGAAACUAGCCAGGAAGCUGCGCUCCUCUUUUGGGAAAGGAUCUGGAAGGAAACUCUGCCCCCUUCUGGAUGGAGGAGAUCCUGAUGCUUUUCUUCAGUCUAACCCAAUUCCACCUGGAACAAAAUAUUCCCUUUUGGCUUACACAACUCUGGGAUUGGAGCAAACCGGGAACUCGUUCCAGUCUCACUCGCUCAUCGUGAUACAGAAUGCGGAAGCAUCAUCAUGGCUGCCUCUCUAUGGGAACUUGUGUUGUCAGCUGGUGGCACAGCCUGGCUGCAUGACACAGGAUGUGAUUAGUGGAUAUCUAAGCCAGCAGCAAAGUAUUGAGGGUUUGCAGCACUGCUGCAGGCUGUACUGUGUGCUGAAAGCUGGCCUGCUCUCCUGUUACUUCACUCCUGAGGAGAUUCAAGCGAAGAUAGAGCCCAGUGUAAUAAUCCCUAUAAACAAGGAUACCCGCCUUCGUGCCAUUGAGGAAAACCAGAAAGGUGGGGCUAGGCUGAGCAUUAUUAAUCCAGGGACAGGAGACCCUGCAUGCCAUGUGUUCAAAGCUGAGACACCUGACUUGCUGCAGGACUGGCUCAGUGCUCUGUUGCAACACAUCUAUGAUCAAAGUAAAUGGAGGCACACCUGUGAUAAACUGAUGGAAAUUGAGGUUUUGUCCCCACGGAAACCCCCACUUUUUCUUACAAAGCAAGCUAACUUGGUCUACAACGAUCUUAGUAUUGGCUCACCAGAUAAAUUCGAGAGUUUGACGAGCAUAAUUCAUGAUAAGAUUGAAGCUACAGAUGGACGCUUCCUUAUUGGUCAGGAAGAGGAAAGGGAGCCUCCACGUUGGACAGCCCUGUUCGAGGGCUCCCAGUCAAUGGUGGUACAGAAGACUGUGCUGUCACCAGGUAAAGACGAAGGCCUGUUCAAACCGAGUCCAGUGUCAAACAGCAACAAGAAGAGAAGAGCCCCUCCACCACCCCCAGACAAAUUACCAUUUGGUCACCCCACUGUCCACCCAUCAUGUCCUCCAUCCUACCAGGAGAAGGAAAACUCCAACAAGGUGACGAGGCAUCGCACCGGGCGACCAUCACUGGAUGCUAAAUUCUCAGCUAUUAUUCAACAGUUACAGAAGAGCCAUGGUCCUUCCCGCAAAAAUCCACCUUUAGCUCAGGUUGAGCCUUCUCAGAACCUUUACAACCCAGUCAAGACAGAUACAGAGUUCAAGCUGACUGAAAAUGCAGACCAAGCUAGUUCCGAGGCCCCUCAGCCACCCUUGCCUGCCCCAAGAAACAAACUGAGGAAGUCCUUUAGAGAGAAGAUGAACCGCAAAGCUUGGUGAAUUACUAUAAUUACUUUUGUUUCUUAAUCACUCAAAUCAAAAAUUGAAAUGAAAGCUUUUAUCCCUUUUCUACUCAUUUCAACACCACUAGAACUGCAAUUUAUUUUCAAAUGUCUUGAACUUUCUCUUUUGCUUGCUGCACUAAAAAGCAGAACUGAUGAAUAUUGUAUCAUGCAUGUUAUCAGACAUACUAGGGGGGGACAAAAGAGAGACUUGGAAAAUCUGGAGAUUCCUUGUCAUACGGUGUGCACUUUUGAUAAAACGCUUGGCACAUUGCAUUGUGAGACUGCAGUGGGCACUGAAUCUUGUCUUCAUGUUUUACAUUAUGCAUACAUGUAGCCAUAUCAGUUAUUUCCAUAUUUAACUUGUGCAUAAGUCUUAAACAUUUAAUUAGUAGUAAUGAAAGAAAAAAAAUAACCACUAUCUAGUAGAAUUGUUUUAGACAGAUUUUUAUUACCAUUGUUUUGUAGACUAUUUUGUUGUGCACAUUUUUUCUUUUUUCUUUUUGCAUUUAAAUGUAGACUAUGUUUGAAGGAUUAGUAGUGUAAUUUCCUGAAGUUGUAGCAGGAUGAUCCAUCAACACUACAGAGCCCAUUAAACUGCACUUGAAUUUAGAUCUUAAUAAGAUUUAAAUAUCUUUUCAACAUUGAUUAAUAUUGUACAUCUGAACAUUGAUUUCUUUCUUUUUUUUAUGACAGAGUUUAGUGUCUCUUCCUUUUGCAAAUAUUGAUUCAUGCAAGUAAUACAUUUGUUGUACAGUGGUAAAUGGUUAUUGUUCACUACUUACAAUACCUUUCUCUUAACUGUAAUUGUGUUCUUUAAUUCUAUAAAGUACCUUACUGUUCUUUGCAGGUCAUAUCUGAUAAUCAUUUCCAUUCUGUUGGUUUCAGAAUAAAACCAUCUAACAUUU